AUGGAUGCUCAGGAGAUCUCCUCUGCUUCCAGGACUGACUCUUCAGAAGAGAUCAGCUCAUCCCUGCACAUGACUAAAGGCAUGUCCAUCUUCCUGGAUAUAUUGAGAAGAGCAGACAAGAACGAUGAUGGAAAACUUUCUUUUGAAGAGUUCAAAGCCUAUUUUGCUGAUGGGAUGCUAAGUGCAGAAGAACUGAGUGAACUUUUUCACAAGAUCGACACACACAAAACAGAUAACCUGGACACAGAAGAGUUAUAUGAUUAUUUCUCACAGCACUUGGGAGAAUAUGAAAGUGUCCUUGCAGCGCUGGAGGACCUGAAUCUCUCCAUAUUAAAGGCCAUGGACAAAACAAAACAACAAUAUCAAAAUGCCUCCAAACUGGAACAGUUUGUGACACGUUUUUUGUUGAAAGAAACACUCAACCAGCUGCAGUCUCUACAGAAUUCAUUAGAAUGUGCCAUGGAAACGACGGAGGAGCAGACCCGCCAGGAAAGACAAGGUCCUACAAAGCCUCAUGUGCUCUCAAUCCCGUGGUCGGGGAAAAGAUCUAAUCGAAGACUUCAGAGGAAUAACAGCUUUUCUCCAAACAGUCCACAGUUUAAUCUUGGCUUGCUCGAUGAAGACAACCAGUGGAUGACCCAGAUAAACAGACUUCAGAAACUAAUUGACAGACUGGAGAAGAAGGACUUAAAACUGGAACCCCUAGAAGAAGAAAUCUUAGACGGAAGCACAAAUUCACACAUAAUGAUCGUUCAGCGGCAGCUAUCUGUGAUCACAGAGGAGCUGGAAGAAUUUCGUCUUUCCCUAAAACACUACGUAGAGUCUGUGAACACUCAGACAGAAUGUCUACAUGUUUCCAUCCAGAGACUUUCAAAUGAUUCUCGUUUUAUCAUCUAUGAAUUUUGGGAAAGCAGUAAUGCGUGGAAGAACCACCUCCAAGCCAAUUACAGCAAGACAUUUCAGAGGAGCAAUGUUGAUUUCCUGGAAACCCCAGAACUGAUGACAACGAUGCUUGUACCUGCUUCUUGGUGGGUCCUCAAUAACAAUUAGAAGUGUACAGCGCCUCCACGUAAUGAGGAUCUUAUCCAAUAUUAUACAUGAAGAAACCUGUACUGUUGUAUCUUCCCUUGUGUAACAUGUAGACAGAUUGUAUGACUGCAGUGUGUAAGACCGGCCUUUACACCAUGCAUACGGUGAUUCUCGGAAGAGACUUUAUUCUAAGGGAAACUUAUUCUGCCAAAAAGUAAACUGAUAAUUCAGUGCUGACUGACCAUCCAGUUGUAAAAUUUUAAAGAUGACCUGUCACCACAAAAUGCAUUGCAAACUGCAGGCAGCAUUAAGAUCUCUGCUC